UGUUUGUCAGUUAGUGGGCACUGGACAGGCACAGCGGAGCAAAUUAGUUACACAAAAACAUGGACGACGAGUCCCUGGAAUGCAACAUUUGACUAGACUUUACAAUUUAUUCUAAUUGUUCUAAACCCCCACCUCAUUUUACUAAAAUGCUUCGGCAACAACAUAUGAGUAUACGUUUGAACAUUGUAUUGUUGCUGUAUUUAGUGGUUUGUUUUGUGCUGUGCCCUGUGUCAGGCAUAACAGUGAGCUCCCCUGCGGAGGUCCAUUCUGUGAGGGGUGAUGCCGUCACCCUGACUUGCACUUUCACCUCUACCAGCCGAGCCACCAGCCGUAUGUCAGUGGACUGGUCCUACAGGCCCCAGACCGGAGGCCCUCCGCAGGCAUUCUUUCACUUCUCCUCUCUGGUGUUCCCUCCGCUGGACGGCCAGUUUAACGGGCGAGUGAAGUGGCUGGGUAGCCCGGCCCGGGGCGAGGCCUCCAUCCAGCUCCUCAACGCCUCCCUCAGCGACAACGGCACCUACACCUGCUCCGUCAGGAACCCCCCCGACGUCCACGGAUUCCCCACCUCACAGACCGUCCUCACCGUGACGCCCGAAGUGCUCGCGGUUCACUUCUCGGACGUGGCGGUGCUUUUAGCCUUCAUCCUGCUUCCUUCCGCCAUCAUCACGCUGGCUCUGCUGGGUCGCAUGUGCUGCCCUCUGAGGGACAAGAGCCAGGCCCAGGGCUACCACUCCCCUAUUGAGGUCACACCUGGAGAGGAGCCUGGCUUCAAGCAGAUCCACAGCAAGGAGAAAAACACGACAUGCUGCCACAUAUAUUUUCUGGAUUCCGACUAUGAGGAUUACUACGUCCACAAAGAGAGGCCUCCGGCUCAGGGAGAGACCAUGGUCGAGUCUCAGUGCUAGAGAUCCCUGGUGGCGGUGGUCUGUAAGAACAGCAGAACAGGAAUUCUCACUCACACUGUUAAAAAUGCCAAGAUUCCUGGACUUGGCUCUGUGGAAGGGGCAGUCUCUCACCCUUUUCUCAUGGCUUGUCCACAGCUGAUUCCGCUGGUGGGAUAAAUGUGAAUCCUGUGCCAGACACACACACACACACACACACACACACACACACACACACACACACAUACGUUUAGCACUAUACUCUAAACAUUUCUGGAUGGAUUUUCUUAUUAUGAAGGAGAUGCAUAUAUUAAGUUAUUGUCUGCUUUAUAACUUUGGAAAUGUUGAAUCAUUGUAUUUGUACAGCUAUUAUGAAUGUUUUUUUUAAGUAUCGGUCUUCAUGGAAUCUAUUGCUAGAAUUGUAGUUCAUCUUUACCUGUGGUUACAUCUGCUUCAUUGAGGUCCAUUAAGAUUAUUUUAAACAUGUCUUUAGAGUUAGUGUUACAUUUGAACCCGUUGGUAUUACUAUAUUCAGGAGUGGACAUAUUAUGACCUCACAUUCUGAGGUUGAAUGAAUUUACAGGAUUUGAUUUACAUGUUAGAAUUGGGAUGUACAGUGUAGUGAAUGUUGUUGAAUGCAUGCAUGUGCAAAAUGUAUUAUAAUUCUGCUUAAUAAAAUACAUAAAUGUU